GGAGCAUGAAGAGCUUCUCUCUUGUACUCCGCUCCUCCGUUAUAUCACAUUUCCGCUGGACGGAUUACGUCCGCUUCGCAGGGUAGAGAGUCCCAAAAGAGCAACGUUGCAACAAGUCUAGCAAACCUGUCCUCAAGCAGUUAUUAGGCACCCGUGGGGUAGAAGAGCCCGAACGUCACCGAUAACAGCUCCACAACCUACCAGGAAUCCUCACGACACGCGCAACACUUCGCGUGCAGCUCAAAUAUCAACAUGACGAACUUUAUGGAGAACCUCUGGGAGUCCAUCUUUACCGCUGGUCCGACUCCCACCCUCCUCGUCGCAACAAAUGCGUCAUUCGCAGCGCUCCAGGUGCUCUUCUUCAUCCUGCUCAUCGCAACCUACAGCGUGCACUUCGUCAUCCUCUCCGGCCUCACCGCAGGUCUGUGGUGGGCAAUCAACUGGUUUGCCGCCGAGAUCCGCGCCGCGCAAGCUAAAGAAGAGGAAGCUAAAAGGAUCCGCGAUGCGAGACGGGAGAAGGAGAAGGAGAAGAAGGGUGUAAACGCCGGCCAAAGUGAGGGAGAGGCCAUGGAUACGGGAGAUGAUACAGAGGUGGACACAGAGGUGGAGGAGAAGUACAAACCGAAGACGGCAAGCCGGGCGCCGCGCCCGGAGACGCAGAGUACUGUGUUCGUGGAGAGGCCAACGCAGUCAGGAGGAAGGGGAGAUACGCCGGUCCCACGAGCUCCAGCGCCAGGUCCCGCGGCCGCGAGCACCACAGGUGCGACUACCAAGCUGGCGCCGCUGGUGGACGAUGCGCUGAAGAAAAGGCGGCCUGGGAGCAUGGGAGAGUCAACGGGCGAAUUGAGCACGGAUAGCGAGUGGGAGAAGCUGUCUCAAGACUCUGGCGAGAGAUGAUAGCCUAUUGGUGUCUCGAAUACCCUGAAAUAGCUCUCUGCACGGUUGCUUGUUCACAACUUGUCUUAUUCUUCCAACAGAAGCCCAUAUCGUGUUCAAUUGCAG